AUGCCUCGUGGACACAAAAUGAAGAAGGGACGCGGUGGACGUGGAGACCACCAACAUACACACCAUGACUUUGAUUUCGACGAUGAUUUCACGAUCUAUGAUACCGUCGCAGCCAGAGGCCAUCGUGGAAGGGGCUCUGCAAGGGGUGUAUUCAACCAUAUGUCUUCUGUGUUCAUCCCAGCGGCUACACGUGCUGUCCCUAGAGGAGCUUCCCGUGGCUCUGCACCAUCCACUCCAGCACGAGGGAGAGGAUCUCCUACCCCUAGAGGCAGAGGCGACUUCCAGCCACGAGGAAGAGGGGGUCCCAUGUUUCGCGGUGGAACUCGUGGCAAUAACAUUCCUCGUGGUCGCGGGAGAGGGUACGGUUAUGUGGAUAGAGGUUACGCAAGUGGCGCAGAGUAUCAGAGCCGACUGCUCGAACCAAUCAAGUUCGUUGCUGCGGAAAGCACUCCUCGCUUUUUAUUCGAGGAGGAUGCCGCGGAGGAUAUUUUCAAGGCCGAGGUAGUGGAUUUGGCACAGGGAGAUGGAGCCCCAACAGCAGAUGUAGUCGAGGCUGCAUUCUCGACACAGCUAGAGGAUCUGAGAGGAUCUGAAGAGGACACAGCAGAAGGCGAGAGCGACUUCCGGCCUCAAGCAAGCGACCAAUCCGAGCACAUCGCAAAUAACCCUCAACGCCAGUGGUCGUCAACCGGCACACCUUUCAGGGAGCUACCCAAACUGGAUAUUGCCUCCGCUGUAUCUCUCGCGACUCGGUUGAAGGAUGCAGCAUUGACACCCCGCGAAGAGACAUUCCGAUCUGCGACUCCUAAACCUGAGCCGCCCAUCAAUAGGAAUGGCGCUGCGACCCCUAUUCUCAGCGCACCAAUUACAGAACCCGACUCAGACUCGGCAUCUGAUAGUGAAGACGUAGUGUUAUUUGUGCCGACCCCACAAACACCUGCUAGACCUUUGACACCGCUACCUUUGUUAAGCACUCCAGUCCAGGGACCCGCGUAUAUGCUUGCAGUAUCGCCUUCACCUAUGCGACCCUCCCCGCUCUCUUCAUCAUUCAGUCCCCCAGUGUACGAAGAACAAGAUCCAAAACUAGAACCCGUUGCAGAAGUCCCCAAGCCUGAGCCACCAGCAAAGAAAUUCGAUGAACUAGUCCCAGAAAUUAUCUUAUCUGAAGUAGAGCCCCAACCUGGACAUGAUGUCGAACCUACUACUAUCGAACCCAUUCCUGCAGGACCAGCCCCCGAAACCGAUAUCCUUGUCGUUAACUUUGAAGACCUAUCCUCUGUUAUGUUCGUCGACACCACUCCCACCCCCGUCACGGAUAUCCCAGUACGAGACGAAACCUUGCCUCAAGGAACGAUCUACGAACGUGCGUUGGGGGUUGAACCAGCUAGGUCUCCGGAUCCGACCAGACUACAUGGCAUGGAAAUCGGAUCUUCUUCUCAACAUGUUACUCAGAAUACCAUUCAUGGUAGUCCAGCAGUCAAACAAGUGACUAUCUCGACAACCCAAACCAUCACAGAAACAGUGCUAUCCGUCCCAGACGCAGCUACACCCCGACCAGCGACACCCAAUUUCCAUAAUAUGACCUUCAAGUUCACACCACGGUCCACUGCCUCUCGCGACCGCGCCCGCGCUCGCAAACUCCCGAAUUAUCAUGGCCAUCGCGGUCUUGGGUACAAGUUCUCAGGCAAGCCACGCGUGCCUCGGGAGGGCGACUCGGACUUGGACUGGGGCGAUAAUGGACCACCGAAGCCCGAGGACUUGCUCGAGUCAACUAGCGACAAAGAAAGCGAUGAUGAUCCCGGAAUGGUGGAAGAUAUAUCGUCGGCUGGUAUGCUCAAUUUCUUGAAGAAUAUCGAGGGUCGCGAAUGGGUUACUAUGGAUGAUAUCAAUGAUGAACAGAUGUUGCGUCAGGAGGACGACGAUGACGAACUUGAGGUGGAUAGCGAGGAUGACAGUGAGGACGAAGACGACCUGGACCGAGCGCUUGCAGAAGCUGAGGGCGAUAUCAUCGAAUCCGACGACGAUAUUAUCGCACAUAUGGUUGACGAAGAUGACUCUGACGAUUCGGAUGAUAUCGACGAGAGUUUCCGUACUCGUCUGAAUCGCUUGAGAGAAAACACCCCGAGUCGUGGAAAAAAUGGGAAGAAGGGCAAAAAGGGUAAAAAGAAAGGAAAGGGCAAGGCUCGUAUGGUCGAUGAUGACUCCUCCGAUGACGAUGAUUUCAUGCUUCCAACGAGAGGAUUUAGCAAGGCGGAUGCGGAUGAGGAAUUCCUUGCAGCAAUCGAGGACCAGUUUGUAGGGGAAAUGUUUUUGAAGCGUGAGCGGAAGCGAGGAAUGAUUAGCCCGCCCUUGAGUCGUGAGUAUCAGCCAGGGGACGUCGCAAUGGACUUGCUCAACGUUAGAGCUAUAGCUGCGUCUCGUAAGAAGAACUUGCCCCCCGAACUUCAGGCUCAAUGGGAACGAGAUCGUCAAAAAAAGGCCGAAAACAAGCGCCUUCGUGCCGUCCAGAGACAGGCUUCUGCACUGGAAAAAGCCCCCAAGCGUGGUGCUGGCUCCAAGGCCUCGUUCCUAUUCAACUCCAACACACUGACGCUUUCAGUGGUCGAAUCCAGAUUGCGUUCGUUUGUCGCUAAUCUCGCCCAAAAGACUAUGGCAUUGCCAGCUAUGGAUAAAGAGUCACGCCGUCGCGUUCACUUGUUGGCCGAGUGCUUUACUAUCAAGACCGUCAGCAAAGGCAAAGGCGUUGGGCGGUACAUAACGCUGACGCGGACGAGCCGUACUGGCAUUAACAUCAAUGAGAACAAGAUACGCCGGUUGGUGAACGCAGACAAUGAGGCGAUAGGAGGGGGAGUUGCCGAAUUUAACAAGGCCUUUUACCGUCGCGUUGAUGACGGCCCGGCUAAAUCCAGGAUCAAAACGCAUGACGGAGAGAUUAUAGGUCAUCGGGCGGCAAAAAUUGGCGAGGAUAACGUGGGCCAUAAGCUACUGAGUAAGAUGGGAUGGAGCGAAGGAGACCGUAUUGGUAUGUCCGGCGGGCUUUCUGACCCACUUCAAGCCAUUAUGAAGAGGAGCAAACUCGGACUCGGUGCUUCGUGA